GAACAUUUAAAGGGCCAUAUGUACUGUAAAACGUUGUACGAUACAUGUGCGAAUAGGUAAUUCGCAACUCGUGUCGAUUUAAAACACUCCCUUCGGUCGUGUUUUAAUUUAUCGCCACUCGUUUCGAAUUUCCUAUUAUUCGCACUUGUAUCGUAAUGUACUAUUCCGAGAGCACGUUUGUUGAAAAAUUCAUAGACUUUUGUUUUUUUUUUGUCUUUAGUCAGUUUGCUAUGAAGUUUUCAAAUAACAUACAUACCUACAUACAUAUAAUCACGCCUAUUUCCCGGUGGGGUAGGCAGAGACCACGGAUUUCCACUUGCCACGAUCCUGACAUACCUCUUUCGCUUCCUUCACUUUCAUGACAUUCCUCAUACACGCUCGUCGGUUUAGGGUGCUCUUGACCUGGCCUUUCUUCAGGAUUUCCCCGAUUUGAUCAGGGAAUUUCAAAUAACAACGACAUUUUAAUAGAAAAUAAUCUAUUAAUUAAUUAUAAGCAAUAACGGAUUUAAAUCAGGUUUACACAUACUUUAAUCUUUCCAUCCAUUUAACUGACCGCUUAAAACCUCUUUCGCAAAUACUUUUUAAAGAAACAGCUGUCAAAAACUCACGUCAUACACUGUUAUGAUUUUCACAAUGUAUACAAAACUAAACUAACACAAACAAACCAUACAAAAUGCAGACAAAAUAACCGUGUGCAAAUAAUAUUACUUAUUAAGCAGUGUUCAAAUAUUUAAAAUAAUGCAUAGCCAAAAACAUAGCACAACGAACCUAACCUCAAUCAGAUAAAUUUUUCUCUAAAGCCUAAGGAUCUGUACAACAAACAGCCGUGCAUCCAACUGCACCAAUCUUCAGAUCAUCCACCUCGUCUUCUUUUUCGUUCUCAAAACACCUCAAAACACUCAAGCAACCUCAAAGAGACUCGCUGCUGGGAAACAAGCUCUCUUCCUCAUUAGUUCCUGUGUGUUUGUGUCUGAAGUGUCCAAAGUGUCUGAUCAACAUUAUCUUCUUGUCCGUGUAACACAAGGAUCCUGAUCAAAUUUAAAGUCAGCUUUUAACUAUUUUUUGCGAUAACGAUAUUUGGAUUAAAUUUCUUUUCGUUGUCUUGUUUCUGACCAUGCUUCUAUUUUUGUCUUUUAUCAAAUUAAUAAAAACAGUUGAGUGCAUGUCUUUCUCGGUAUAGAUUAAUAUUCUCAUGAGUGUAUUUAAAAACUAAAUUUCACCCGAUACAAAAAGACAAAAAAACAAGCACACCGAGGUUUGACCCCAUGAUUUUGACCACCACACACAAAUGAAAGGUUGAAAUAUCACCAAUUUUCAGUCAUGUCAAAACCAUUAAAAGAUACCCCUAUAAAGCCGCUACCCUCCUUUAUUCGGCAACGUUUGACCCUCCAAACCCUACUGACCAACCCCCAGCAGUACAUAAAGAAUAUUAAUUAUUGUGAACGGCCACAACGUAAAGAAGAGGUAGUGAUAGAAGAGAGGGCGUCGCCGAAGCCUUCUGUGGUGAGCGAGAGGACGCAGACUAAAGAUGUUCUGGACGCUGAGACCAAUACGAAGAUGACCCGUUUCUCGAUGGUGGAAAGCCAAAAAAGCAAGUUGAAGAGCAGAUGUACGACAGCAUUAGCAAAAGGGGCUAUCCUGGCGUCUCGUAGCCCCUAUGUGGAGAUAGCCAGGCGAUUGAGACAGGAUACAAACGACAAACAGCAAAAGAUACCUCUCGCCAAGGAUUCUAUGAAAGAAAUACCUGAAGUCAAGCGACGACGCGGUAUCCUAAAGAAGGUUCUAGAAGAUGUAACGCUGGAAGGGAUGUGCUCGACGGGCACCACCACUGACAAGAAACAACCCACUCUUGACAGGAUACUGAAAGAAAAUCACAUCUUCCUCAAAUACUCAAAAAGUUGCAAAUCAAAAAAGAAACGCGUACGCAUGGACAAGAAACCGGCCUUCUUCUUCACCAAGAGAGACCAGGAUUCCGUACAGUCUUUAAACGAGGCCUCAGAAAUUGAGAGGCCUAAGCGAGUGAGCCUUCCACCUUCGGAUGAGAAUGACAACUCGUCAGAGCAUUCAGAAGACGACGCCAGCCUCGAACGGAAACCAGCUCGACUGAUACUGCGCGCGUCGUCCGGCGAACCGGACCAACCGUCCGAACCGUCCGUGUCUGACGCGUCGGAUGACGACUCCAGGCUUUCCAGCGUCUCUAACAUGUCCAGCGCCCCUCAGCUGUGCGGCUCUGACAAGCUCUCAAGCCGUCCGCUGCAACGCCAGGUUCCACAACUGAGAGUACGCGCAGACUUCUCCCAAGAUGCUCCUAAGAAGCCUCCGUGCGGAGUACCUAAAGAACGACUGUAUUUCAAAAACAUGUUUUUAUAUUUCCCUUACGUACACAGCGUACACACACACAAGCGGUAAUUUUGCAGUGUUCCUAAGCCCUUUAUGAAUACAAGUGAUAAGUUCAAUGAU